UGACUGCAGCUGUGGAUGAGUGUGUGCACUGUGGGGCAACCCAGGACACCAGAACUGCCCCAUUUCUUGCCUGGGGUGGGCAGAGCUGCCUGUGCCCUCACCCCCCUAUUGCUUCCCUCCCUCCACAGCCCAGUGCAGAAACUCGUCUUCAACAGAGUGAAUGGCAAGAGGCCCCCACUGCUGCUGCAGCAGAUCUCAGCCCCUGAAGAGUGUUACACCCUGGCCCACGAGGAGAAUGUCCGCUUUGUCUAUGAAGCCUGGCAGCAGGUAGAGCAGCAGCUGGACGGGAGCCGGAGCGGGGACAGCGCCUGCGGCCCCGUGCAGUACGUGGAGAAAACCCCCGACCCCGGACUCAAAGACUUUGUCCCCAUCGACCUGGAGGACUGGUGGGCACAGCAAUUUCUGGCCAAAAUCGAGAACUGCUCAUAAAAGGGAAGAAGAGGUUGCAUUCGGUUUCUUUGUAAGAGAGACGAAGCUGCGAGCACCUGGUCACAGCCCAGAGCCCGGUGGCGUUUUUGAAGCACGUUUUUACACGAUGCCCGAAGGGGAGUGACCCCGCCCAGCGGGACCGGACCACAGCCAUGCCCGGCCACGCGCCCUCCCCCAGCCCCGCAGAGGAGCGGCGUGCGGCCCCAGCCAGGAUUCCUUAAGUGCCAGUUCUCGGACUGCUGCAGCUCCUGCAGCCUCCAGCUCCAGGACACUGUGGUGCCACGCUGGGGACGGGGAGAGCCUCCCCCCACCCUGCAGCCACAGCCACAGGGAGGACAGCGGGGUGCUGUAGCAGGACCGCCAGACAAUAAAGCGCUGAAACUGCC